GUCUGUCACGGGACGGCGUGGCGUUCGCGUCGGUUUACCGCUGAGCGUGGCGCGGCAGUGCGUGUGUGUGUGUGUGUAUGUGUGCUCUCCGUUUUGCCGACGUCAUCUUGCCGGGAUGUUGCGUGGCCAAACCGACGCGUGGCUGCUGUAGUACUGCGUGUACGCUGCCGGUGUCGCUCGCGACGUUCGCAGUUCGCUGAGAUCGUUUUUGCAGGGUGUGUGCUCUCUCGUUGUUUUUUUUUUUCGAGACGUCAACCAGCGAGUGUCAUCCAGUUGCAGUAACGAUACCGUAUUUGCGAGAAGUGCGUUUGUUGGAUUGUUGCAACUCGACGUCCGUCCGUGUGUGUGUGUGUGUAAGAGAAUUUGUGUAACGGAUUUCCUACGCGUUUACGUUCUGAAACAGUGGCACGAACUUUGUUGACAGGCUGUGGGUGUACCCUUUUGCACCUGUUCGCCCCCGAGUGUAGUCUGAUGCGCAGAUACUGCGGGUGCUAGCGACAUCGGGAAAGUUCGUUAGCCCUCGUGACGUCCGUCAGUGGAGGAGGAGGAGGGCAGAUUUCGCCAAGCCGGCGGAAGUGGAGGAGGAAGAAGAAGAGGAGGCGGAGGAAGAGGAGGAGAGGGAGAGAGACAGGAAGGGCGCGGACGGCAGAAGCAAAACAGGGGAAGCGCGAUUGUUGCGCCGUUGUUAACGGUCCGCCAGCGGUGCGCGACUCUUGCGGCUCGUUCGUCCUCUUCGCCGGGCUGACUCCGUGCAAUCGGCGCAGAUGUUCACGAAGUGGAGAAGAAAGAACCUGGAGAGAAGCCGGUAUCAGCUCGGAACUUGCCUCCGCGUGCAUCAUAAGUGCGCCUGGAAGGAAUAAGCACUUUGCCUCCAGAAGCUCCGAAGCCAGGACUGACCCGACGGUACUGAAGACAGCGAUCUCGGGGAUGGUUUUCGCUUUCUGCAGUUGACGACUGUGGCUGCCUUAGGACUAACAAAUUUAGCGCAGAACAAUAUUAUUCCGCAUCGAGUUUAUAUCAGUCGUUGUAGUCUCUUCGUUACGAAUAGUUAGGCCAAUUAAACUUAGCAUUACUAUUACUCACGGCAGUAAUCAGUGGGCAAGGUUCGUUGUACAAUCUGACAGGUUGUCCAGAUGAGGUGUCGCCUUCGGUCCCACAUUACUUGUCUUUGUGGUUAGGGGAGGAACAAUUUGCGACUAAUUUGCCGAGUGACACAGUGGACGUGAUAGCGAUAGCGAACUGAAACGAGUGCAGUGAGCUGCUGUAUGACUUACGAGUGUCAAGGUGAACUGCCUGGCAGUUGGUAGAUAUUGAAAGUGAAAACUGAUAUUUAUUGCUUCCAAGGUGGCUGCAUUGGUCAGGCAAUUACCUGGCUGAUACUUAUUGCUUCGUAGUUGGUAGCACUGGUAGGGUAAUAAUAUAGUUGAAAUUUGGUGCUUCGUAAUUGGCAACACUGGUAGGGUGAACCUUCAGGGUUAUUUAUUGUUUCAAAGUUGGCAACAUUGCGAGGGAAUCACAGGUGGGGAGUAGUAGUUUGCGAUUAAUUUGCCUGGCGAAACAGUGGUCGUCAGAUCGAUAGCAAACUCAAAAGUGUGCUGCUGUGUAACUGGAGAGUGUCAAGGUGUACUGCCUGGCAGUUGGUAGAUAUUGAAAGUGAAAACUGAUAUUUAUUGCUUCCAAGGUGGCUGCAUUGGUCAGGCAAUUACCUGGCUGAUAUUUAUUGCUUCGUAGUUGGUAGCACUGGUACGGUAAUAAUAUAGUUGAAAUUUGGUGCUUCGUAAUUGGCAACACUGGUAGGGUGAACCUUCAGGGUUAUUUAUUGUUUCUAAGUUGGCAGCAUUGUGAGGGGAAUCGCCGGAGGGGAGGAGUAGUUUGCGAUUAAUUUGCCUGGCGACACAGUGGUUGUCAGAUUGAUAGCAAACUCAAAAGUGUGCUGCUGUGUAACUGGAGAGUGUCAAGGUGUACUGCCUGGCAGUUGGUAGAUAUUGAAAGUGAAAACUCAUAUUUAUUGCUUCGAAGGUGGCUGCAUUGGUCAGGCAAUUACCUGGUUGAUAUUUAUUGCUUUUUAGUUGGUAGCACUGGUAGGGUAAUAAUAUAGUUGAAAUUUGGUGCUAAGUAAUUGGCAACACUGGUAGGGUGAAACUUCAGGGUUAUUUAUUGUUUCAAAGUUGGCAGCAUUGCGAGGGGAAUCACCGGACUGCAGUGUAUCCAAUAGAUAUCAAAUUCAACGAAGUACAGAGAGGCGGUAAGUGCGACAGUGCGUGUUUCUGGGUGAGUAGGUGCCGGGGCAGUGGGCUUUAAGUAGACGCGAAGUGCUAACCUCGGCCCCAAUACGGGGGUGAAGUUGAGCCUCCAGUCCCUGGACCCUCGAAGGCCAGCGGUCGGCGACGACAGCGAGCGCUGCCAACCUCCGCCCGCGGAAGUCCCUGCCGUGGCAGCCAUGUCGGCCAUGGACAUCACGUGCGGCUUCCCCAUCUUCGGGGCAUCGGGCUACCAGCGGCAGCGCAACUGCAGCGAGGGCAGUUCCAGCGGAGCCUCCACCUAUUCCGGCGGCUACGACCGCAUGCCGGCGUGCGGUUGCCUGGAGGCGGGCUCGCCGCCGCUGGGGGCGGCGCAUUCCGCCCCCACAGGGGGCGGCGGCUACACGCGGCUCAGGGGCGGCGCCUCCCCCGCCUCCAGCUGCGGCGACCUGCACUACGAGAAGGCAGAGUGCGGGCACAGCGAGAAGGAGGAGGAGCUGGUGUUCCACAGUGAGGACUACGGCGGUGGCGGACGCCUGAGCGCGGUGGUGGGCCGCGAUCUGUGUGCUGGGGACCUGUGCCUGCUGCUGGCCGCCAAGUCCCUGGCUGCCAAGGACCCCAGCUGGGCAAUCGUCGAGGUCUGGCCACGGCUCGGCAUUGAGCGCUCGCUGGAGGACCACGAGGAGGUACUGGCCGUGCAUCUCGACGCGCAGCCGUUCGGCCACCGCGAGGCCAAGAAAUUCGUCUUCCGCAAGGACUUCUCCAAGUACGAGUUCUUCCACAGCCCGCAGCAGUUCUUCCCGGCCGACAUGGUGGACCUGGGGGCGUGCUGCGCCGGCACCUCCGCCCCCUCCACCCCCACGCUGGACUCGCGCCACGGCCACUGGCCGGGACAGGCUGUCUGCUCGUCUACGUCCGCGCCGUCGACGCCGCUGGACCCGCAGGCAGCGCUCAUGGCCGUGGUGGGGGGCUCCGCGGUGCUGCCGCCCAUCUUCUCGCCGGUCUGGGUUCGAGACCCGGGCAAGCAGACGUGGACGCGCGCCUUCCUGCUGCUGCAGGGCCAGGAGCUCUACAUCUCGCACAAGGUGCAGACCAUCGCCAAGUACCUUCGCAGCAAGGACAGCAACAAGGUGGUGCUGGACGGCGUGGGCGGUCUGCAGGCGGUGGCUUCGCUGCGCGACCACGCCGUGUACCGGGCGCUGAACGCGCGCAACCAGUUCCGCGCGCCCACCGAGUGGGGGCUCUGCCUGCGGCCCAGCUCCAGCUCCAGGGUGGGGGCGGGCGGAGGCGGCCCGGGGGCGCUCUUCUGCGUCGCCUGCGAGUCGGAGCGCGCCAGGCUGUGCUGGCUCACCGCCAUGCGGCUUGCCAAGUAUGGCAAGCAGCUACGGGAGAACUACCGCUCAUUCAAGAGCAAGUGCACCGAGUCUGGUUCGAGUCCCAAGGAGUACAACAGCUACUCCGUGCCCAAUGAGAGCGUGCGGUCGCGCGUGGCCAUGGACUUCACGGGCAGCGUGGGCCGCAUCGUGGACGACCCGCAGGAGGCGCGCGCCAUCGCAGCCGCCGAGGGCUACUCGUGGAAGCGGCGCUGGCGGCCGCCCAGGCCGUCCGCGCCCGGCGCCGCCCCCGCCGCCCCCGCGCCCGCCGCCGGGCUGGCGGCCGGCGUGCACGUGGCGCAGCCCUGGUUCCACGCCGGCAUGACGCGCGAGCAGGCCGCGCAGCUCGUCCACCGGCACGGCUCCGUCGACGGGGUGUUCCUGGUCCGAGAGAGCCGCAGCUCCCCUGGGUCGUUCGUGCUGACCUACAAGUGCGGCGGAAAGGUCAUCCACACGCAGAUACAGCCGGUGGUGGACACUGCCCGCGACGCGGUCUGCUACUCGCUGGACAACGGCAGCACCAAGUUCUACGACCUGCUGCAGCUCGUCGAGUUCUACCAGCUCAACGCCGGCCGCCUGCCGACGCGCCUCACCCACUACGUCGUGCAGGGCCCCGCCGAACACAACUCCGUCACCUACUGAGGGCGGCACUCCCGAGACGACACCCGACCGUCCCGUCGAGGAUCUGACGCCGCCGGAGGAACCUCCCGGCGUCCCGGACCCCGACGCGGCCAGUGCCUACGCAUUGCCGGCCGCUUACUCAUGCCGGCCUGUCGGUGCGUACGUUUGAUCUGUGCCUCGGUGGUAAUACCAGGUAGCGUAUCGAGAACUGGUCCGUGGUCACACUGUGUAAGCCGGCAGAGACUAGAGAAUCAUUGUGGUGUACUGGAAUAGCUUCCAGCGUGAAUAGCUUCCAGAAACUUCUGUCACCAUAAGAUUGUUCUGUUUAUCACUCUGGUGGGGUAAAACCCUCUCACUAUUUGUUGCACAUAUUACAGCAUUGCAUGCAGACUUACACAAUACUAGUGGGGUCGCAUUCUACCCAGCCCGAGUUACAAAAUGACGCCUCUUGUAAAUUCUUUUGCUGCAUUUAUUCCUUUAUCCACCUGUGAACAUUGUGCACGGUAUUAAUGUAAUUUGUAAAGAGUACGGGAUGCCGUCAUUAUAUAAGUAUACACAUAUGUACAAAGGACAUCUGCAUAAUAAGGAACCAAUGUCGACGACAGAUUAAUGUAAUUGAGUUUCGUGCAACAUGUGUGGUUACUAUGAAACGUAAAUGUGUGGCACAGUGCAUUGUUGCAGAAUACAUACAAGAAUACUGAGCAGACUUGCCAAAGUUUGAGCCUUUUUUUAUUAUUAUUAUUUCUUAAUUUUUUGCUGAGUCAUCAGUCUUGCUCUUGGCUAUAUAUGACCCACUACAGCUUUAGCCUCGGUGUCAAUCUCUUCGCACUUAAACACUUAGCACCUCGGUUAUUUGCUGGAUGUUUACCAGUCUCUCUCUCUGUCUUCAUCUACAGGCUUUGCCAUCUAUGGCUCCCUCUAAUACCUCAGAAGUUAUUCCCUGAUAUCCUAGCACACUCCCUAUUAUCCCGUACUUACAGCAAAUCAGAGUUCCUCACAAUUUAUCGGUCCACCUAAUUUUCACCACCUCAAAUUCUCUGUUGCCUAUUCUCCCACAGUUCACAGUUGAGAUUCUUCUGCACCCAGACAAGUUUCAGGAGAGAAAUCCUAUUUUAAAACUAACAGACAUUCUCUGGCAUGUGGUUGGCCGACUUCUCAUCUUUUUCGGAUCUGUAAACGUGUGAGUACCAAAUGGAGAUGUUCUCAGUUCACCCUCUGUCAGGUUCAUCUUUAAUUUUAAAACGUGAAGUUCCAAAUGAAUAUGGAUAUCAUCACAUGUAAUUUUCUCUCACAAUGUCACCUAUUUCAUUUGUUAUAAAAUGAUCUCAGUUCUGAUGUUUCUGUCCGUAUCUUAUCAUCUCACCUUAACAUCUUAAGUAUGACUAAUAUAAGACAGAACAUGUUAUUUAGAGGUAAUUUUAUGCAUUAUUGCAUUACAAUGCAAUCUGUUAUCAAUUCUAUCUGUACCGAACACACUUGCCGACACAGCUUUGAGGUUUGACUCCUGAAGUGGACAUUGUUACCUUGCCAGAAAUGUGUUUUGUGAACUUUGGAGGGAUGAGGUCAUUUUGUAGAACAGAUGGGUACGCAAAGUACACGCUACAGAUUGUGUACGCUACAUGGGACUUCUGUACAUCUGGCAUCGAUGAUAAAUCUUGAGGUAGCCUGACGUAUUUUCAAAGCGUUUAACAGAUGUCUAAAAUUUUUAAGAAGCAUUACGCAUGUUACUGCAGCUAAUUGUCAUCUGCAGUGUUUUGUCUGUCAGACAUUUGUAUGUGAACACAAUAUUUACAGUGCCUCUCUGUAGCACAAACUAUUUAUUAAUGAAAAUUCUUUGAAGUAAUAAAAUAUAUCUACACUAUCAUCGGUGUCAACAUCAUUGAAUGAAUACUGUACAAUAUAGUGUAUAUAAAUAAAUAAGCAAGCAAUCAGUUGCCACAAACCUUUUGACCCCUUACCUUCAUCUGCAGAAAUAUUUCUAAAUGCUUUACGUAUUGAGUAAUGCAUGUACGUGUGUGUGUGUGUGUGUGUGUGUGUGUGUGUGUGUGUGUGUGUGUGUGUGUGUAUGUGUGUGUUGCAUUGGAAUUUAUUUUUCUAUUUAUCAGAGUAACAUACGAUCAGUGAAUGCACCCAUUAAAUAAUGUUUAUGUGUUGAAUCUAUAAAUAAAACUAUGUAUGCCAGUCUUGCAUGAUUGUGUCUGAUAAGAGUGUUGUGUAUAUAGUUGUAAUAACCAAGAUGGUUUAAAGCUCUGUAAGCUAUUAAACUUUUUAGUUAAUUAUUUUAAUUUAUUACAAAUUGCAGUGAGAGAAGUAAAUGAGGUCGUUGUAUAAACAGAGUAAUAACUGAAUUGUGAUUUGUGUGUAAUGUAUAACAGAGUAUAUCAUACGCAGGAAAAUGUAGAGAAAAUUUAUUUGCAGUGUAAUGUUAUAUAUGUUUGUAAAUCAUCAGUAUUUAUUAUAUAGAAACAUUAGCCCUUAGAGAAGCAAGUUGAAAUAAGUAUUUAUCAUGACAAUACAUAUCUCGUCAGUUACUGCUAAUACCGUUGUUUCGAAAAUGACUUUUUGCGAAUUUUGCGUCGGCAAUCCUGACGAAUAAGAUAAAUGUAAUAGCAGUGGAAGUGAAUUGUAGUAAGUGUCUUAGAAUACUUUGACAUUGAAACUGAGGCUAUUGAGUUGCUACUGAACAGUUACAACUCAGAAAGUAACAACAACAUUAUUAUUUCUUAUGUAUUAAUGUGUAUUUAGGAAGACUUUUGAACUAGAUCUGUGGAGUGGGAGAGAUACAAAGUUUACUUGUAGUAACAGUAAAAAUUAAAGAGUAAUAUAUUUUUGUACAUUUGUGGUAAAAACUUUAUCUUUGCCAAAGUAUAUAGAAGUGCAGGAAGUUUUCCUCGGCCAUGGCAACCAUCUAGUUUUUGGUUUUAUUAAAGUGUUUGUAUUGUAUACGUAGUGAGAAGUGGUGUGGCAGAUGCGAGAACUUCCUGGCAGAACCAGUGUCUCUUUUUUGUUAUUGAUUUUGUGUGUCUUAAUCCUCGUGCUGUGUAAAAGGGUUGUACAUUGCAUUGUGUUCUGCGCAUCUCUGUAACAGAAUGAUGUGAUUGAGCUGUCAGUAUAUUUCUGUACAUUGAGAAUGAAUGAUACUUUGUGAUUUGAGAUCAGGGGAAUUUCAUUCUGCAGCAAGCAAUAAGUGUUGUCCACUGUGGAUAUUGACAGCAAUAACUUGGACAAUCAUAUCUUCAUUUCCAGUGUUAUAACUGGGGACGUGGCUAUCAUAUUUCGUUGCGACACUUAAUACUAACUGAAUCCAGAUAUACUGCACACGAUACGUCGAUGCAGUUGUCGGGCAUUACCACGUGGAGACAAGAUGCAAACGUUAAUUUGUGAUAACUAUGACAUUCUUAUAGUCUAGAGGCAACUGUGGUGGCUAGUGUUUUUUCCUGACACAAUCACAUUCAUUUUUGUGCCACAAAAGGCUUUCCUGAAGAAUUUCUCGUAGAAAUGUUUCCCGUGUGAAACAUUGGAUAUCAUUGUGUAAUUCCUGAAGUAUUUCGCCGGUGCAAUUGGCCGACACCUUCAGGUGCGACAAAUGCACUGUUGAGCUAUGACUGAAGCCUCCUAUUUACUCCAGUCUAAAAUGGGAAAACGUUUUCGGCCACAGAAUUUGACACAUUUCUGUGCGAGCUACUUCGAUGCUCAGUGUAAAAUAAUCGUGCGUGGACUUGACGAGAGGUACCUUUUUCACCCGAGUGUCGGGACUAGAUUGUACUUUGAAACAUUUAUUUAAGCAAAAGUAAGUUCUUUACAGUGGACAGAAUAAAAAGCAAUACAGAUCGUUACUCAGAAGGGAACAAAUCGGCAGGUACGUGCCGGGGCAAAUUUGUCGUUUUUUGCCCCACUUGUUGAGAAAGUCACAACCCUUUUUAUGUUCUUUUUUUUUGUUAUUGCCUGUAAUAUAUCACUGUUGCGUAUGGUGCACUUUCUUUCCUUGCAAGAUGUUCUGUCGUAGUGUAGGUAACCCUUACAUGAUAGACUAAAGAUAUUGCCUGCUGAUACUUCGUUAGUGUUGUCCUCUAUUAAUGUUUAGUAUUGUUUCUAUUGCUGUUUACUGUUGUUAUAGCCGUGUCUCUAUCAGUAUUAAUAUGUAUACAAGAACAGGGUUCGUAUUUAUGCUUCACUUCGUUUCGCAAAUCUGUGAACUAGAGUUUUUAUGUAACCACAUUUACAUUGCUUAGAGUAAAUGUUUGUUUUUGCACAUUUGAUCACUAGGAUGUAUUAACUUAAUAUUGUAAUAUGUACAAACAAGCUUGUUCACUUCUUUUCUAUGGUCAGUAAAUUAUUUUUUACUCAAAA